AUGAAGCUUGGGGGCAAGGGGAUGAUCCAGCUGAUGGUACUGCUGUACAAUUGGGUGUGGAAAAACGAGUAUAUGCCAAGUAGAUGGAGGGAAGGAGGAGUAGUUGUGAACUUGUUCGAGAAAGGAGACAAGACUGACCCAAGAAACUACAGGGGGGUCACACUGUUGAACACCGUAGGAAAAGUGUCCUGUAAGCUGCUGAACGAUAGGAUAGUGGGAAUAUUGAAGAAGGAACAUAGCAUUAGUGAGGGCCAGGCAGGUUUCCGCAAGAAGAGGGGGUGCGUAGACCACGUAUUCCCGGUAGGGAGAAUCAUCCCAGGUAGAAAGAGGGCGGGAAAGCCGACGUACUGCUUCUUCCUGGACGUGAAAAAGGCAUACGACACCGUGUGGAGAAAUGGGUUGUGGAAACAACUGUCCAAAUACGGGAUCAAGGGGAAAAUGUGGAGAGUGCUGAAGAAGAUGACAGAGUGCACGAAAAGCGCGGUCAUGCUAGNUCCCGACAUUGUUCCAGGGGUCCCACAAGGUUGCACGCUGUUCCCGACAUUGUUCCAGGUGUUCAUCAACGAUCUGUUGGAAAUCGUAGAGGCAGUCCGGAAGGGAGAAAAAGUAGGGGACACGGAAACAUCGGUUUCAGGAAUGCUGUUUGGGGAUGCUUUGUCGGGUCUAGAAGUGUACGGAAUGUUGAAGGAAGGAAUAGGGGUCAAGGAUUACCUACAUGGACCAUUGGAUGCAGGAACAAAGCUUAACGUCAAAUUCAGGACCGGGGACAUGGGCCUUCGAGAACGUCGACGAAGACGCAGGACGGUAGACGACGAAGCGACGAGUUCAAAUGUGAUUGCGGCUUCGAAUGCGAAGACCGUGUUCAUGUAG